GCAGAGACGCCGGGCUGGCUGAAGCGGUUCGCCCGGGGAAUCGUUCCGCCACGGCCAGAAGACGGAAAAAAGUCGUAAGUUCAGACCGCUCAUUCGGGAAAUGUUCAAAACAGAGCCACGUCUGUCCGGCCGGCAGUCGGGUGAGAGAGCAGCCCGUCCACAACUCCGGACAGACAAAACCCGUCGCUCACCAAAUAGCUGCCGAGCAAGAGCCAUCUAGUAGCCAUAGACAGAACAACAGUCAUUGGUCAAAAAAUAUGGAUCAGGAUGAAAAUCAGAAAAUGGAUCCUGAAAUAACACAGGAGGGUUUCAGCAAUGCGAUUAUGGACUUACAGGCUACUGGCAUUUCUGAAGUAAUUGUGUUUUCCCAUACGCAUCAAAAAAUCCACACAGAUGAAUUUGAAUCUCCUCCCAAUAAGUACUGCGAUAAUGAUAUUUUUCCUAAAUGGCGUUUGCCAGUGAAAACAGCAUUAAUACUCUCUUUGUUUACAUUUACUUAUACUUUCCUAAGGGACAUCAUCCAUCCUUUUGUCACUGCCCAAGAAAAUGUAUUUUAUAAAAUUCCAAUUUUGGUCAUAAACAAAGUCUUACCGGUGGUAUCGAUUACUCUUCUGGCCCUGGUUUAUUUACCUGGAAUAUUAGCUGCAGGUUUCCAAUUCCAUUAUGGAACUAAGUAUAGACGGUUUCCACAAUGGUUAGACAAGUGGAUGUUAUCAAGAAAACAAUUUGGACUUCUUAGCUUCUUGUUUGCUUCAAUGCAUGCCUGUUACAGUUUGUGCUAUCCACUGAGGAGAUCAUACAGAUACAAACUCUUGAACUGGGCAUAUCAGCAGGUACAGCAGAAACAGGAAAAUGCCUGGAUUGAACAUGAUGUCUGGAGAAUGGAGAUUUAUGUAUCUCUAGGAAUUCUGGCACUUGCUUUACUGGCUCUGUUGGCAGUAACAUCAAUUCCAUCUGUCAGCUACUCACUGACUUGGAGGGAGUUUCAUUAUAUUCAGAGCAAGAUGGGAUAUUUAGCUCUGCUGCUUUGUACUAUUCAUGCACUAGUAUUUGCAUGGGAUAAAUGGAUCGACGUACGCCAGUACUUAUGGUAUACUCCACCCACAUUUAUAAUAGCAGUUAUUCUUCCAAUUGUAGUUCUGACUUGUAAAAUUAUCCUGCUGUUCCCAUGCUUUAGGAAGAGACUACAAAAGAUCAGAUCUGGUUGUGAUGCUGUGACAAAUAAGACACAGAUCACUUCCAAACUGUAGAUUCACUGACCUUUUCCAGCUCCUAAACAAAACAGUUGAUAUAUGGUGGUUGCAGUUCUAUCUGUAGAUACAUGGAAUAAGCCCCAUUAGACUUGUUGAGGUUUAUUCCUGAAUAUACAUAUCUAGGAUCAAACUGCACAAUAGAAAGUCCACCUAUUUAUGGAGUAAACAUUUUUGUAUUCCAUUUUUACUGAUCAAAUCCUGAGAUUGUGCCCCUAUGAUCCCAUAUACAUGAAUCCAUAAAAAUCCCAAAAAUUUCUUAUUUAGUCAGAAUCUUCUUCAGUGAUACUAUGGACCUAUAAUAUUUAAAUACUUGUAAUACAGAUUGUGUUUCAAUCUAAAAUAUGCAGGACAAUAAAUAUGCAUAAGUAAAAUGUGAACAAUGGACCAUCCUUGCCUGGACAUUACAGUGACUGAAGCUCAGUAGAGUAGAUACAGUACAUUCUUUUGCCCACAAAGAUCAUCUCCCUCUCUCCUUCCCUCCCUCCAUUUCUCUCUUGUUGUUACACAUAGGAAAUCCCAUUAAAUAAAUCAAAGAUUUGUAUGUUCAUCUAAGUAUAUGUUCAGAUCAACUAAUGUAGCCACUUUAUAUAAAAUAAUUUAAAAAACAUAAAACUUUUGUAGGAGAGGUCAUUACUUUGGACUAGGAAAUCUAGCACAUAGAAUCAGCUGUCAGACAACAGGUGCCUAGUGUGGGUAACAGAGCUGGAAAAGGGAUGCCUUACCAGCAUCUGGUCUUCUAACAUGUUAUUCUAUACCUGGAGAUUCUGGGAUAAUUUGUGGUACUUGAAAAAGAGGUUCAAGAAUGUUAGGAGUCCCUCUUUUAAAGCCAGUUGAGGUGGUAACCAUCACAUGUUCUAUACGUCAAUUCCAUCAUGUAACACUUUGUUAGUUGUGAACACCUACUAGUUAAGUUCAUAUGCUAUUACAAGAGCUGAAUAACUGCAAAAAAUAGAAUUUUGGUUCUAACAAUAUAGUUCAAUUAUGGCUGAAAGAGGUUUGGGCAUGGAUUGAUCUGGCAUUUCCCAAAUUUUAUUUGCUUUUGGGGGGGAUGAUUUCCACCUGUGGAAGAUGGGGUCUAAUUAAUAGGGACUAUUAAUUUGAAAUCUGGAGAAUAUUCUCAUUUUCUUCCCAUUGACCUUGUAACUAAGUUCUGUGUUUCUUAAAAUUAUAUUGUGAG